AUGCAUUGUGGCUCAUCCAUUGCGGUGAUCGGACCAACACUUUUGGACAUUCGGCAGUCAAUCGGUGCAAAUCAGGCACAGAUUAACAUUAUAUUUCCGGUCGGUUCGAUGGGCUAUUUGUUGGGUUCAAUAUUGGGAGGAGUUAUCUAUGAGCACUUUGACAGUCAACUAUCCAUUGCAAUGUUGGUGUCGCUGAUGACUGUCUGUGAACUAUGGUUUCCGUGGAAUAGGUCUGUGAUUGGACUGUCAGUCACGCAAUUUAUUAUGGGUUUGGGAGGCGGAGGACUCGACACGGCUGGCAACGUAUGGCUAUUGCAUAUGUGGGGCAAAAGAAGUGCACCAUUUAUGCAGGCGUUGCACUUUACCUUUGGUUUGGGAGCAUUCAUUGCGCCCCUCAUUGCAGAACCAUUCCUCUCUACCAAACAUAACGGUACUGACAUUGCCGAAAACGCUGAGAUAGUGGUCAAUACUGGUGAUGUCAGUGAUCGGGAUCUGAUGGUAUGGUAUCCCUAUACUAUAAUUGCCGCUUUAGGACUCGUCACUGUCAUACUACUGGUUAUUAUGUAUUUCAAUAAAAGCACAGAUAAACCACAUCCGAGUAUACAAAACAAUGAGUCUCUAAUAAACAUGACUUUACGCCAGAAAGUAGUCAUACUAUUCAUUGCUUCGGUAAUAUUUCAUUCCUAUUGUGGACUCGAGAUAGCGUUCGGCCGAUUCAUGACUACAUUCGCCUUCUAUUGUGAUCUAAAUCUUAACAAAUCAAUCGGCGCUUACAUGACAUCUGUUUUCUGGGGAACGUUCACUUUGGUCCGGGCGCUCACUAUAUUUAUUGUUGAUUCUGUCGGUACGACAUUUAUGUUAUGGGCGGACAUAAUCAUUGUCCUCAUCGGCAACAUUGUGCUCAUUAUGUUUGGCAAUACCUCAGAAUUGGGUUUAUGGGUGGGCGUAUCGUUGAUGGGCAUCGGUACGUCAUCAAUAUUCCCGACACUUUUAUCAUUUAUAGAGGAACUCCUACCGGUGACCAGUCGUAUCGGAUCUCUAUUUCUGGUGGUCGCCUGUUUGGGCGAAUUUACCAUACCUUUCAUUGUUGGCUAUUAUAUUGAGUCAUAUCCAUUGGUACUCAUGUAUGUCACAACAGUGGCCAGUGUUAUAUGUUUUGUAUUUUUUGCAAUACUAUGUUUUGUGGCCAAAUUAACUAAAGAUGUUUACCGACAACAACGGGAACUCCAGGAAAAGGCAGACUUCAAUAAUCUCAAGGCUGUUAUGAGUUAA